GGUUGAAAAGUCGAAAAGUAAACAAAUAAAGCGUAAUUCAUUGUUUUUAGUGUUUUAUUGAUUAUAAUCAGUACCUAAUUAGGUAGUCCUAUAAACAUGCUAGCUGGCGUUGUAAACUAAAAGCUAAUUUUACAAGCGAUCACAGUCAUGUAUCACCCUAAUCAACAGUUCAUGAAUGGAUACACUUAUCCCCAAUUUUUCGGUAUUCCAACCGAAACUGUGUCAUGUAUGCAACAAAACAGACCAAGAGCGUCAUCUUCAAGUUCUGACGAUGCGUCGGAUCCGCCAGCAGCGAAGGCGAAGCGUGAAAAAGCGGUCAAAAAGAAGGCGAGUGGUGAUGGAGAAGGAAAGAAGAAAUUGGACACGUCAGGGUUUUCAAUAGAGGAGCGCAUAGUGGCUGCGGCCUGGGUGCACGAGCGCUACCACACGCGCACCUCCAUGGGACAGAUAAAGCAGCAGUUUGAGCUGCGUUUCGGGCGGCCGGCACCAGCGAAGAACACCCUGGUAGUGUGGGAGCGCAAACUCUUUGCUUGCGGCUCCAUCCAUGAUGCGCCGCGUGCUGGCCGACCCGCCAAGAGGAAGCUGGAGCCGAGCGAAGUGUCGGAGUCCCUGGCGACGUCGCCGGCGCUGUCCAUGCGCGCGCGCGCCGCCGAGCUCAACGUGCCGCGCUCCACGCUGCGCGCGCUCAUGCGCCAUCUACCGGGCUCUCCCAAGCCGGCGAAACCAAAGGCGCCACGUAAACGCGCCAAACCCGCUAUACCAGCGCAGCCGCUCUUCUAGCCGUCUCUAGAAACAAGAAGUAAACCCUUUGAACGCUUUACGUCGUAAACAAAAACGUGACUCACACGCCAAGGUCACGGGCGCAAGCGAGCUAAUGUAAACCUUACUUGAAAGUGUGAAGUACAGUGAAGGUUACUUUGACAGCGUAAAGAUGUAGUGCAUAAUUAUUAUCUUCGUAUUUUCACGGAAACCUACGAACGUGUCUCGCUAUUUCAGUCGGUGGCGGUACAAAAUGUACUGCGGUUGACUGAAGUAGGAUGACAAAUACGAACGUUUCCGAGAAAAUACGAAGGAAUAAAACUAUGCACUACAUUUGUACGCCUUAACAUUUGUGUUCAUGGUGCCGUGGGCACGACUAGUUACGACGCCUUAAAGGUUCUUGGCGUUCAAAAUGUUAAAGGUCCGUUUAUAUCUACAGACAUUGAGCGUGCCAGACACGUGCAGUGGCUCGCGUGGCAGAUGAAAUUAUAUUAUUAUAUACCUUUGGUUAAAGAUAUUACUAAUAAGAUUAAAAAUAUUUAGAGUAUUUGUCGCUUAGAAUUUAGAUUAUCACUAGCGACCCGCCCCGGCUUCGCACGGGUUACACAAAACCAAAACAAAUUAUACAUCUAAACCUUCCUCAGGAAUCACUAUCGAAAGUUGUAAACCGCAUGAAAAUCCGUUCAGUAGUUUUUAAGUUUAUCGCGAACAUACAUAUAGAAAAACAGACAAACACGGCGGGAGACUUUGUUUUAUAAGGAGCAGCUAGUGAUAAAUGUCAUAAUAAUACACUUUAGAAAUAAAAGACAUAAUUUAAAACAAUUAUCUAUAUAAUUAUUGUAAUAUUUAUCUAAAUAAACACAUUAUAUUGCUAUUUUUA